AUUAUUUUAUUCAGUAAGUGCAACAUGGCGGUAGUCGGGACGCUCGUCUCGAUCUCGGGCUCGCUCCUCUUGACGCCGUUGAUCCUUUUCCUGCUGGUGAUUCUGUUCCUGGCCUCGAUCGGCAAGUCGAUCGGCGUCCGAAGACUGUACGUGAAGACCCUGCUGACCCUGUUCGAGUAUGGCAGGCAGCACAUUGAAAUUGCCAACAAGCAAAAGCGGCGGUCCGAUGACUCAGGGUUCAACUCUGAGGACGAGGGCGAUUCGAAGAGAACAAGGACCACGUCGGAAGCAUCCGACGACGGUCUGCAGAGGGGAAGGACCAAAGGUCACCAACGAAAUGGAUCUCUUAAGAAUGGAAUAAGUCUGAUUCAACGAGAAGACCUCAUCCUCGCACCUGACCCUUGUCACAACAAAAGCGACCACAAUCACCGAGACUCGAGCAAUCCUAGACAUCCGAAGUCCAGGAGUCACUCGGCUGGAGCGCCCAGAACUGGUACCUCAAAUGGUACGUCGGAAAAGGGCGAAAACAGCGAACAAGAAGAUGAAAUUGAUAACCCGGGACUGGACAAAGAUCACAGAAAAUUGUCUUUUGAGACUUUGAAAAGGGAGUUUGACCUGUCAGACUCUUUGACGUUUAUAAAGGCUGGAGUCGAGUCCAUCAUUGAAGACGAAGUCACCCAAUGUUUCGAAGCUGAAGAAUUACGGUCUUGGAAUUUGUUGACAAGAACAAAUAGACAUUAUGAGUUCAUCAGCUGGAGACUUACAGUGAUUUGGAUGUUAGGUUUUGUAGUUCGCUACCUCUUUCUCUUCCCACUGAGAGUCACCAUAUGUUUUGUUGGGUUCUGGUGGAUGGCAAUUUCUACCACUCUGAUCAGUUUGGUGCCAGGCCUGAAAUUAAGGCGUUGGCUGAACAAGCACGCCAUGCUGAUCACUUUCCGACUUUAUGCACGCUCCUUCUCAACCGUAAUCAACGUGCACAACACCGAGUACAUGCCUAAGUCCAACGGCAUAUGCGUGGCCAAUCACACAACGCCGGUGGACAUUGUCAUUCUUGCCACCAACACCUGUUACUCUUUGGUUUACUGGCUGACGUUUUGUACAGCGGUAGUCGGAUAUGUGCCCGCGGGAAAGUUCAAGCGGUGGCUGAACUCCAAAGUGUCCAUCAUGUGCUUUACGUUCUUGUCCUCCGCGCUCUCUGCAGUCAUCACAUACCACAACCCCGAAAACAAGCCCAAAGAGGGCAUUUGUGUGGCCAAUCACACAUCACCAAUUGACGUCCUCGUCUUGGCUUGUGACAAUUGUUACGCUUUGAUCGGGCAGCGCCAUGGAGGAUUCCUUGGCUUGCUCCAAAGGGCACUGGCCAGAGCUUCUUCGCACAUUUGGUUUGAGAGGUCAGAGGUCAAAGACAGAGAAGUUGUUACCAAGAGACUUCGUCAGCAUGUCAGCGACCCUGAUAAUCCACCAAUUUUGAUUUUCCCUGAAGGAACUUGCAUCAAUAACACAUCAGUGAUGCAGUUCAAAAAAGGCAGCUUUGAAGUAGGGGGAGUUAUUUACCCCGUCGCCAUCAAGUAUGACCCAAAGUUUGGCGACGCCUUUUGGAACAGCAGCAAAUACUCAAUGAUGCAGUAUCUGUACAUGAUGAUGACUUCCUGGGCAAUUGUGUGUGAUGUGUGGUACUUGCCGCCCAUGCACCAAGCCCCUGACGAGAAUGCCGUAGAUUUUGCCAAUAGAGUGAAGAGUGUGAUUGCUACACAGGGAGGACUGGUAGACUUAAUGUGGGACGGUCAGUUGAAACGAAUGUGCGCAAAGAAGGAGUGGAAGGAAAGGCAACAGGAAGAGUUCAGCAAACGCCUGAAAGUAGAAUAAAUCCUCAGGACCGAAAGAGGAAUAAUUUUAGUGAUGAGAAGGCCACACGAAGCUGCGACUGUGAUCUUAGAGCUUGUGAAAUCCCACCACAAUCCACCUAUGUCCACUUCCCCCAACCAUCCGCUGCAAUGACAGGACCAAAGAUGCUUAUAACCAAUGUCUUCAUCUGUGUUCGAAUCCUCUUGUGCCAACUGCUUGAAGACUCUCUGACAGACAGCAUUUACUCUGCAAGUUUGAACACUGCCUGCGUCUCAUUCCGAUUCAAUCCCGAAGCAGGAAAUUUGCCAUCUGGUUUCAAUUAUAUUUCAGCCGCACUCUAAGCCACUCCUAGACAAUGUAACUGAAAUUAUGAUUGUAUUUUGAAGAUUUUCAUUACUUAUAAAUCAACGUGUAUCCAAUUGACAAAACAUAUCUCCUUGUCAGCCAAAUUUCAACUGGCAAAACUGAAACCUAAAUUUUUUAAUUAAUAAACUUGGAGUGGCUGCGCAUGCACACUCAGGAUUUCCAAGCGAACCUUCAGUAUGAAAGAUAGGUGCAUUAUAAAUGCCUUGAGAGUCUAGUCCUAUGAUGGGAUAGGAUUGGUUCCAUUACCAUUAAAUAUUCAUGGUGGAGGUGGUUGUAAAAAGUAAUAAUUUGUAAUCAGCUAAUUUAUUAAUGAUAAGACUGGAAGAGCUGGUCUCUUAAGAAGUCAU